AUGGCGUCUGACGAAAUAGAGUUGUUUUCCUCGGACAAUCUCAGUCGUACAGCAAUUGCUGUCAAGGCGAAGUUUCAUGUGCCGUGGUUGUACCGGGAAGACUAUGACCUGGAUCCACGCAGGAAUAGCCAUUUCUUCCUCCAGACACAUGGCAUCACAACACUCAAGUGGGAUCUUACGGUGGUCGAAGAUAUGAUGAGGUCACAGAGCACGUACGUGCAGGGCCCGACUGUCUUCUCAUUAAAACUUAUCCAACCUGCUACGACCGUGAUCUUGCAAUUGGUUUUGAUCGACUGGAACCCGUAUCCCCCCGACAAUAGCACUGGUGUUUGGUGGGAUGUUGAACUCUCCCAAACUGGUCUGGUUUCAAUAUCGUCUCCUCCGCGCAUCGUGACUGAUUUCGCUGAGCCCGGAGUGCGGGAAGUUAAGGUUACGGUCAAAACGGAUAUGCGGAACAAUGUUGCGGAGUCCAUGAGGGGUAUGCCCGAAGGAGUUAUUAAGGGAGAUGGUAGCUCUCGAAUCACCCGAGCGUAUGCAUUGGAAUGCCCCUAUUAUUUCUUUCGCAGCUCAGAGAGGCUUUCACGAACUUGUCGGGUCGUCUGGCAUGAAAAUGGAGGGACCCUACGACUGGGAACCCCCAAAUUAUUGGACCAGACCAAACCCUGUAUCACCUAUCCAGGACGCUGGGAAGUUUUGAUGAUCGAAAGAUUUACGAGGCGCUGUGCGCUUGUUAUGGGAAAACCCACGAGUUUGGAAGACUACUUGACUAAGGUGCAAACCGUGGAUUAUGAAGCGACGCUUGCCCAAUUUGAAAGCUAUGCAGUGCGCAAAAGCGCUACUCGUCCGGCCACUGGACUGCAUAUGCAUAUACUGGAUGUUAAAUGGAGCUUGGCCAACUAUGCACUGGAGUCUAUUCGACUACCACUUAAACCCCAUGGGAUCAUCAUUUGGAACCGAAAUGGGCACGAGGACUGA